GGGGUUUCACGCGGAUACGAUUACGCGGUACGCAGGCCGAGCGGGGGCCUACCUACUCGUACCGGUAGGCCCUUGGCCGGAGGAGGGAAGAGGAAUCACACUGCGACGACCGACGAUCAUGGCCGGGAUCGUCUCCUCCUCCACCGCUUUUCUUCUCCUCCUCGUCCUCGUGCCCAGGAACGGGAGCGUGGCCUUGGCGGCGGAGAUGUGCUACUGCUACCAGAGGGGCGCCGACGACGGGGAAGCCAGCAAGCUGACCAAGACGAUCUUGCUGCUCGUCGUCGGCCCCAUUGAGCUGCAGAUAAAAAAGACGGUCUCGUCGCCGGUGAGCGGCUGCUCGGGCGCUGUGCCAACGUCGUCAAGGCCACCGCCAAUCCCGGCGGACACGCGCGCCCCUACAACUCGAGCUCCGGCUGGCGGGCCGGCGAUACCGGUGAGCGGCUGCUUGAGCUGGCGGCCCAAGGCAUGGUGCUGCUAGGGCCUCGCCGUGGCAAUCGUGAUCGUCGUCUUCGCGGUGAGGUGAGUCCUGUUGACGUAUAAUGUGCUGCCUAGUUUUUUUCAUCAGAUCGGUCUUUUGCUUGCAUUGGCUAGAGCAUGCACUUUUACAUGGUAUUAGAGCCAAGCCACACAUGAGGGGGAGUGUUGACGUAUAAUGUGCUGCCUAGUCUCUUCUAUCGGAUCGAUCUUUUGGUUGCAUUGGCUAGAGCAUGCACUUUUACAAGUCCUGUUUACUUUCUCGCGCUUUGCCAGCGAUAUCGGCGUGUGUGUUUGUGUGUAUUAUCUAUGAAAAAAAAGUAUUAACUGAUGCCAAACACCUCCAAAGUAUUGAAAAUCGUGUUUUUUCUUUCUUUCAAAACCACGGUAUUCUUUACAAACGGAGCCCAAAACUUCUCCAUUUGUUUAAGAUUUAACUUCAAACUCUAAAACCGUCUAAAAUUUAACCGUAAAAUAUCAAAACCUGCUAGGAUUCAACGCCUUUCUCCUCUGAAUCUGGUUUUCGCUGAGUAAGCCUGGUUAUGACCUGUUGAUUGGCCAGUCAGCAGCCAUGUGCGAUUUUCAGCACUUCUCGGGUCAAACUUUGACAAAAGAAGGAAACACCCAAAAAAUUGGAAGUAUUAUGUGAAACCAAGAUUAGUAUACUUAUCGUUCUGUGAAAGCUGCUGCCACCAUUUUCCCAAACAGCUUUAAAAAUAACCUUCAAUUUCAUUUUCAACCCUUUUUGUAAACCAAACAUUGGAAGUUUCCAUUUUUUUAUUUUUUUAUAAAAUCAGUACUAGUAUAAUUCUGGGAAAUUUUCAGUAUUUUUUGCCGAACAGAUUUUAAAAUACCGUUACAUCUCACUUUCAACCCAUUUUUGGUCAGACUUUUUAAAAAACCAUUUUAAAAGAGUGAACUCGGGACUAAUAUACUAAUCAUCCUAGGAAAUUUCCAGUUAUUUUUGCCAAAGAUAUUAAAAAAUACCUUUAAGUUACUUUUUCAGCCCUUUCUUUGUCAAUUUGGACCAAAAAUGAAAGUAUCUAGAAAUUUUUGAAAAAAGUGAAAAAUGAAGACAAGUAUACUAAUCAUUAUGGGAAAGGUUUGGUCAUUUUUGCUGAACAAAUUGCAAAAACACCCUUUUUAGGGGAAUUACAAAAAUACCCUUAAAAGUCUAUUUCUGCCCAAGCUGACAGGGCGAUCAAUAACAGGUCGAUCAAAGCCCGGCCUACUUAGUGAAACCAGGUUCAGCAGAGAGAAGGUUGAUCCUAGCCGAUUUUGAUAAUUUGGGGUUGAAUCUUAAGAUGAUUUGAGAGUUCGGUGUUGAAUCCUAAACAGAUGGAAGGGUUAAAGGUUAUAAUAUGGAUUUUUCUCAUUUACUCUCUCUAUUCUUAAAUAUAAGUCUUUUUAGAGAUUCCACUACAAACUAUAUACGGAUGUAUAUAGACAUAUUUUAGAGUAUAGAUUCACUUAUUUUGAUCCGUACCAUUGUCCCGAGCGGCUCGCGCCGGAUGGCCCGACCCCGACCCCGACCCCAGCUGCUGCAAGAAACGUUGAUCAUCGAUAGCAAUGGGAAUUCACGGCUGGACGCCAAGAGUGAGCUCUUCUACUGCCCCAUGUGCACAACGACAGCGCCCAUCAUCCACAAAUCCAGCUUCGGCUCAUGCGGCCACGCCUUCUGCAACAGCUGUGUGGCCACGUACAUCGCUGUGAGGCAGCGUGAGAAUGCCGCUCUUCCCGUCGAAUGCCCCGACUGUGAGCACGAAGACGGCCUCCUCCCCAUGCCCAUGGUGCGGCAUGAAAUCGACCCCACCACAGUCACCGACGGCAAUGAAGAUUCACCGGCGGUGGACGGCAACGGUAGGCGCUUCUACUGCGCCAAGUGCAUGCAUGUGGUGCCAUGCGCAUGUAUACGGCGCAGCUUCACCUCGUGCGCCCAUGACUUCUGCUCAAGCUGUGUUUCCCGUCGACUGCGAGGACGGCGCGGUGACGGCAAGCACUUCUACUGCACCAAGUGCAUGCAUGUCGUGCCAUGUGCAUGUAUACGGCCCAGCUUCACCUCGUGCGCCCAUGACUUCUGCUCCAGCUGUGUCGCUCGUCCAACUUCCCAACGUCAAGGACUGCGCCGCCGAGCUGGAAAGAUGCCGCAGCAUCAGCCUGCCGACCUCGUCCCCGUGGACAUGUUGCUGUUAACCGAGGGCAAUGGAGAUUCGCCGGUCUACGGCCACGGCGAGCUCUUCGACUGCGCCAUCUGCAUGGAGACGGUGCCAGGCACCCUCAAGUUCAGCGUCAACUCGUGCGGCCACGCCUUCUGCUCCAGCUGCGUCACCCAGUACGUGGUCUUGAAGCUGGACGACAAGGUCGCCCUCAUCGAAUGCCCGCACCCAGGCUGCGAGGGUGGUACCAUUGAGCCGGAGAGCUGCCACGGCAUCAUCCCCACGGACCUCCACGACAAGUGGGGUUUGCUGCUAUGCGAGCUCGCGGUCGGCGCCAAGAGGAUAUACUGCCCGUACCUAGAGUGCUCGGCGCUCUUGCUCACCGACGGUGAGGCCGGGGCGGCGGCGAUCGCGGAGGCUGAGUGCCCGCACUGCCACAGGCUUUUCUGCGCCCGGUGCGCCGUGCCGUGGCACGACGGCUUCGGGUGCGAGGAGUUCCAGAAGCUCGGGCAGGACGAGCGCGGCCGGGAGGACCUCCUGCUCAGGCGUCUCGUCGGCAUGGAGGGCUGGCAGCGGUGCCCCAAGUGCCAGAUGUUCGUGGAGAAAUCGGAAGGGUGCAAUUACAUCAAAUGCAGGUGUGGAUACAGCUUCUGCUACCGAUGCGCAUCCGAGUUGUCCGCGCAAAACCAUUACUGCAACAAGUGCAUGCGCUAAUAACGAUUUGGUUGGCUAUGGAUACAGCUUCUUACCACCAAGCCGGCCACAUGAGUUCAUCUCGGUCAUGUUUCCUCAAGCCUUUAUUAAUUCAGUUUUACUAAAGUACAUCUACAUCUACCAUAAGUAUUGCACAUCUAAGUCAGGAGGGGAACUUUUGGUCUAUGGGGACAUAUGCACCCUGUAUGGGAAUUUUUUUAGUAAUUCAACAAAAAGUCGAAAAUUCCUGAAAAUAUUUUUGAAAUAAACUUGACCUUCUAUUGUACUCAUGAGAAAAUAAAUCCACAAAAAAAAAUAUCCCUUUGACUUCUUUUUCAGAAAAGACAAAUUUUUGGCUAAAAUAGUGUGAAUAGCGACCUAUAAUAGCAAAUAAAUUUUGUCUUUUUUGCUGUGAGGUCAACUUUUGUUUUUUUUCAUCGAGAUUUAUUUACUAGUGCAAAAGUAAGUCAAGUGUUUUGUCAAAAUAGUUCUUACCUAUUUUGACUUUUUAUUAAAAUAUUAAAAAAAUCCCAUAUAAGGUGUAUAUACACCCAGGAACCAAAGUGUAUUUCCCAUCUAAGUCAUAUGUCAUUGAUCUUAAGCGGAGUUUCGUGUGGGUAUUUUCUUUCCUUUUUAUACUUGAUUGAGUCACUUAUUAAUUUGAUUCUCCACGUGUAGGUGUGGAUUGGUGAAAACAAUCUGGCCACUUUCGAUUUGUAAUUAGGGUAGAGUCAACCAUGUCUUUGAGCUAGCAAUCGCCGUGCUUGUUUUAUAAUGUUCGGCUUGCACAAACUAUGGACACUACUACAAAUCAAAUUACUACUGAUCAAUCAUCACUGACUGAGACCUGACAAGGCGUCAGUGAUGAGCCUGUCACGGUCGACCAAGAUGGUUAACAUUGACUGGUCUAAAAAUGCCCAUAAUAAGGUGUUCUUCCACCUCCAUUGGGCCAUGCGGAUGAAAUUUUGUCACAGAUGGGCCGUCAUAUUUGGCCGGUCUAUGAUAGUGGUCCAUCACUAACCUCGUCGUCUUUUUUGUAUGAUUAACGAGAAUGUAAAAAGGAGUAUGAACGCAUUGACGCGCCCCCGAUUACCAGCAUGCUCAUUUGGUUACCAGUGUGUGGGUUCCCAAUGAUCAUGCAUUGACACCGCGCUAAUUGCGGCGUCCAUCCGGAUAUUGAUACACCUCAAACGUAUCGAUAAUUUUUGUACUAUCCAUGCUAUAUUCUCACAAUUUAUACAUAAGUUCGGCAUACUUUCCAUGAUUUUUGCUGGACUAACAUAUUAAUCUAGUGCACAAAACCAGUUUUUUUUUUUGAACUUUUCAGGAUAAAAAAUUCAAGGCAAUAAAAAGUGAGUAAAAAUAGGACGUUUAUUUUCAAGCUAGGAGAGCCAUUGGGCCAGAAGUUCACAUGGAGGGGGUCGGGGCACAACCUUGAUGACAUUUUUGAAUAAUGUUCAACAUGUGUUUAAAAAUAUUCACUGUGUAUUAAGAAAAUGUUCAACAUGUAUUCGAAUAAAUGCUCACUAAGAAUUUGAAAAAACAAUGACGUGUGAUUGUAAAAUUUAACCUAUAUAAAAAAUAGGGUGUAUCACAAAAUUGGCAUGUA